UUUUUUUCGCCAGUUCAACGAAAGAUGCUCGCGAGUGUGGUAGCGGAUAACGGUAAACGGUAGCUCGAAAGACGGUCCAUCGGCGGUCCAUAUAGCACAGUGUAGUGUAGUGUAGUGUAGUGUACCGUUGUGUUUUCAAGUGAAGUGCAGACGGGGGUUGCUAGCCAAAAGCCCAUUAAAUACAAAACGCUAAGAGCCAAAGAAAGAAAAAAUAUUUAGCCCGAGUGUGUCGGUUCAGUUUUUCUGUGGUGCGAAAAUCUCACGAAAAUAUAAAAAAGAAAGCAAGAGGAAAAAUUCAAUAAAAACAUGGCCCGCUAAGCGUCAAGCCGCACAUAACAGAAAAGCUGGAGAAACAACGUCAACAGCUAACUGGGGAAUAACAAAACCCGCGUCCGAAAAACUAAAAACUAAACUCGGAAAAAAGCACGAAACGAAAAAGAAAAAUAAAAACAAGCGCUCAAAGUUGCCCGCUUAAUAAAGGAUUUUCCAUCCAGCUGGAAUGUGUUGAGCGGAGAGUGUCACUAAUUGAAUGCUUAUUGCUGCCUGGUCAACACGAAAUUGAAUGGGAGAUUGAAGGAAGUCAAGGGGUCACCCAGCUUAGCUGCAUGGUCAGAAUGUUUGAGCGUCGAUUAGUUCAGAGAGGUGGCAGUUGAGGCGCCCAGAAGAGAGCUCGAGUACCGAGAACUUACCGCCCACUCGCAGGCCCCGUCUUCCGGUGGUUGGGUGUGUGUGAGCCACAGUGGUGCGUCAGUGUGUGUGUGUGAGUGAGUGGUGCCUGCGUCGGUGGUGGUUAGCAUGCAAAUCAACGGUCAAGCUGCCGGACCCACGAUGGCAGCCUCCGAGCCACCAGAGCCGCCGCCGCGCAAUCCGGACCGCAUAAACGCCUCGCUGCACAAGCUGGGCGAAUCCAAAAUCGUCAAGUCGCUGGACAGUUCGGUGACGACAGCGCUGAAGGAGAAAGCCGCUUCCGUGAACAAUAACAAGCCCAUAAGACCGCUGCUAUCACUGGACAGCUCGGUGUCGGCUUCCACAUCCUCGGGGGCAGCAGGAGCAACGGGAUCGGGGGGCGGAGGAGCACCUGCGAAGCCAUCGCCCUUGGUCUUGGCCUCCAAACGAGACCUCACGCCCAGCAACGACAGCAGCUCAUCGCCCUCCAGUUCGAAUGGCAGCAACCAGACCCUCACCCCACCCAUGACCGCUGAUAAUCAGCCGCUCCAGCAGCCGUCACAGCACCACCAGCACCGGAGUUCCGCGUAUCCGGGCAAAGGAGAAGUGUCAGCGGUGGCAGGAGUGCCUGUGGCCCAGCAGCAACAGCAGCAGCAGCAGCAACUGCCGAAUGGCAUCGGCAGCAACAGCAACAGCAACAGCCACUGCAACAGCAACACCAGCGGCAGCAGCAGCACUUGCAAUUCCGGCACGGCCAUGAUCCAUGCGAAUAACUCGAAUUUAAUUGCCGCCGGUCACAUGGCCCAGCCGGCUGGCCCCGCCCACAACGCCCCCUCCAGCGGCAGUGCACUCAAUGCUGUCGACAAGCGAAAUGCCAACUUAUCGGAGCCGGAUCGGGACCCGCCUCCGAAUCUGAAUCUGAAUGUGAAUCUAAAUCCGAGCUCAUCGGUGGCCCUGGGACCCCCGCAGUCCCCGCACUCCCCCACAGCCGCCGCAUCGGCGGCCUUGCUCCUGCUCGAGUCCUGCGAUGGCAAUCGCAACGACGAGUCAAGGUUCAGCCUGCAUUCCGCUCACCGCCCAGAAGCUGCCAUGAAGCUACGCGAGGAGAACGAACGACUCAAUGCCGAACUAAUGCGGCUGAGGCGACUCCUCGAGCUGUCCACGGACGGAGCUGUGGGUGGAGUGGUGGACACCACUGCCGAAAUGGAGGCAGUCCCAUCCGCCGAAGGAUCGGCUGCCAGGGAGCGCAUCGAGCGUCUGGAAUCAGAGCUCAGGUCGGUGAAGAACCAGCUGCUGACCAUGCGGCUGGAGCGCAAGAAACUGCGCACGGACAAGUCCGAUCUGCUGGGCCAGGUGAAACAGCUGUGCGCCUCGCUGCAGGAGAAGGAGCAGGAGCUGCGCGACUUCAUCCGGAACUAUCAGGAGCGGGUCAGGGAAACGGAGACAACGAAUGCCAAGAUCUCCGGCGAUCGGGAUCGUGAGCGUUUUCAGCUGCUCAAGCAGGCCCGCGACGAAGCGGAGCGUUCGCUGGCCCUCGCCCAGCAGCUCUCGGCCAGGGAUCUGCAACUCCAGAGGCUGCAGGAGCAGCUGCAGGAGGCCCGCCGCCAGUUGACCGGGUGCCUCUCCGAUCAGGAUAGCCUUCACUCCUUUGCCCCGCUAACUCCUCCGUCGGCCGCCUCCGGAAUGCUCAGCCAGAUGGCUGCCGCCUCGGGAAUGGGCGGUGGAUUGGCCGCAAUGCGGGGCACCACCGAGGACAGUGGGCGUGGCAACUCGCUGUCCGCCUUUAGCGGCAGCUUAAGCGGCGGAUCGGGAGCCACAGCCGGUGAUCGCAACUCCUGCUCGAACGACUCGGGCCUGAGGAACAGCAGCGAUCGGGAGAGCACCGGCGGAGAACUGAACUUCAGCGAUGGCACCUGCGACAACGGACCCUGCAUCACCGUCGAUCCAGAUAGUAUCUCGCUCGUUUCCAGCCAGAACAUGUAUCAAUUUGGCACACCCAAGGAACGCAGUCCCACAUUGUCACCUCUUAAUUCGGCUGCCUACUCAAGGUCAGUGGAGCAAUUGGGCUCCCCUGUGGACCCCGAAGGACCAGGUGGCGGAGCCAUCAGUAGGAAAUUCGCCAGCGCCAACAAGAGCGGACCACUUGGGGCUCGAAAUGGACGCGGCGGUACUUGGGGAAGCAUAUCCCGGGUGUUUGCCCGCUCUCGGAAUAAAAGCAAGGCCCUGUCCGCAGAUGGAGUGACUGAAUAUGCCGACUACUCGUGGAAUCCGCUGACGGAGGAGGGCUACGCCGAGAAGCUGCGUCUGCUGCGGGAGGCCUCCCAGCUGCCCAUCGACCGUUGGCGGGCCACCCAGGUGCUGGCCUGGCUGGAGGUGGCCUUGGGAAUGCCCCAGUACAGCGCCAGGUGCGCCGAGAACGUGAAGAGCGGCAAGGUGCUGCUGGAGCUGAACGACGUGGAGCUGGAGGCGGGAUUGGGUCUGGCCCACCCCAUGCACCGCAAGAAGCUGCGGCUGGCCAUCGAGGAGCAGCGGCGCCCGGAGAUGGUCCGCUACCCACUCAUCACGCAGCUGGGCCACACCUGGGUGGCCACCGAGUGGCUGCCGGACAUCGGACUUCCGCAGUACGCGGAGCCCUUCGUGCAGUCCCUCGUCGACGCUCGAAUGCUUGACACGCUCUCCAAGAAGGAGCUCGAGAAGUUCCUGGGCGUGACGCGGAAGUUCCACCAGGCUAGCAUUGUUCACGGCAUUCACGUGUUGCGCAUCGUGAAGUACGACCGCCAGACGCUGGCCAUGCGGCGGGUGCAAUCCGAGACGGUGGACACGGACCCCAUUGUGUGGACGAACCAACGCUUCAUCCGCUGGGUGCGAUCCAUCGACCUGGGCGAGUAUGCGGACAACCUGAAGGAUAGCGGCGUGCACGGCGGCCUUGUGGUGCUGGAGCCAUCGUUUUCUGGUGACACCAUGGCCACCGCCUUGGGCAUUCCUCCCUCGAAGAACAUAAUACGGCGACAUCUCAACACGGAAUUCGAUGCCCUCAUUUUGCCCGCACGAUACCUUAUUUACUGUCAAAUGGAAGAAUUUCAAAUGGAAGCCUCCAGACAAUUGGCCAAAUUGCAGGGCCACUAAAUCCGCACGAACCAAAGAACAAAAUAACAAAAAUGAAUUAUCAAAAACCAAAUGGGAUUCAUAGAGAUUUGUUUAGCCAAGCUGAUGAAGAUGAUACGAUAAUAACUAUAGGGAGAGAACAAUAACUGGAGCACAGCGCUAGUCAUUUCGUAAUUACGAAUAGUUGAUAGAUCCACGGCAGAGUAGUCACACAUCCGAUUUGUAGACGUAGAUUAAAUCAUACCACAAUAAUAUUAAGUGCUUUAGGCAUCGAACUAGGAACGCACACAUAAAAAAAAACAAGUGUCCAAGCUUUGCAUACCCGAUAUCGAUAUUAAAACGAUACACUCCCCGAGGAGCGCUUAACGUUGCAUUUACUUAGGUUGAUUUACAAGUCAAGCAUUUAAUGUAGUAGAAACCUAGUGUUAAGGCUUACGUCAAUGUAAUCGAGGAGGGACGGCAUUUCAGAUAUUAAUUGUUAGGCCUAAGAUAGGGCAUUGCAAAUGCCACCACACACCCCUCCACACAUGAGCGUCUUUCGUCACUAGGCCGGAACACCCAAGUUCUCUGUGAUACAGGAGCUGUUUUCUGAGGUCGGUCAGACAGCCACCAACGCACAAUUGAACCUAAAAGACCAAUUACAUAGCCACACACUCGCACACAAGUCCAUGAACACAUACACAUCUACAUUUCCGUGGUUAGAUGAUAUAGUAUCUGUUUGGUGUUGCAUACUGUGAAGCGUUUUGGGAGAGUGUGGCCUGCGGUAUAAAGUUCUGUUCCAAUAAAAUUUCUACAAUCGCUGUGGUGCCAAAAAUUAUGCAAUAAAUAAUGUUACUUUUGUCGACAUGGUUUGCUUAGUGUGAAUGGCUGCAUAAAAUAUAUUGUUGCAUUCUUUUGGGCAUCCAAAAAUAUCUUUUUUAUAUAGCUGGAAAUUUUUGAAACAUUCUAUUGACCGCAGGUCAGCUCUCCUGAGUUAAUUUCUUUAAGAAGUCGUUAAUUUGGUUUUGCAAUUUCGCAACUACAGUGUCAAUUGUAAGUAAAACUUGCUUACUAAGUAGCCUAUUCUCUCUAUUUGUCACACUCAUACACUCGAAAACAAGUUCUAUGUAUGUGUUAUCAAUGUUUUUAAGUAGCUUGAACUAGACAUAACCGUUGUCAUCUUAAUAAGUACCACUGCAUAACAAAAUACCUUAUCGAUACUAUGUGUGAUUGGAAUUCUAAGGCUUAAAAGCGACAAAUUAUAUGGCUGAUUUCGUGUCUGUUAGCAACGCUAUUCAUUUCUUUCGAGUUACUUUUCCUUUCCAUUCUCUUUUUUCGGGGGCUUUCUCUCACCAUAGACUCUUUAUUUCUUUGUUGUCUUACGCUACGUGUAGUUAAUUGUGCUAUAGCGAAAUACAAAACAGAUAAAAGUAACUCUCCAACAUUGAUUAACCAGAUUCUUUCGUCUUUGUCCCGUUUCUUUUUCCAUCUUUCCUAUAUUUGAUCCACUCUCUUUUGCUUUCACAUCCGUAUGUUUCCUCUUCAAUUUCGUAAUUUGGUAAUCGAAUCGACGGCUUGUUGUUGUUGCUAACUCUGCUUGAUUGUCUAACACGAUUACCAACACAACGAUAACAAUACCGACAACAACUCAAUAUAACAACUCAACAACAACAACUCAAUAACAACAACAACAACUCAACAAUAACACCUAUGAAACCACUUUCUGUGUGUGUAUGUGUGCCUGCCUUGCCUGCUCUCUCUCUCUCUGUCUCUGUCUCUAUAUCGCUAUCUCUGCUGCUCUGCCUGACCGCCCGCACUCUCCAACUCACCAAACUCCAAUCUCCAACUCUCCACAUUCCCGUUAUCUGCCGUCUGUGUCCUGUCUUCAAUGUGCUGCCUGCCUGCCUGCCUGCCUACGAAUACCGAAUAUACAUGCACCAACCCAUCUACAACAUGUUAUAUGCCCCCAUUACCACCCACUCACAACCAACAAAAAAACACACACACACGCACACGCAUACGACCUAUGCAAAAAU